AAUCCGGGGGUGAUCGCUAGGGGGUCCCUGCGCCUGCGCGGAGAGGACCGCGGAAGCUGGCGCUCUAGGCCUGCGGUAGGUCCGAGGUCCCGGGCCCGGAAGGUGGCGGUGUUCGGGGGCCGGGCGUGCGUUGGGGGUUCAGGGGUGUAUCUCCAUGAAUAACCUAAAUGACCCCCCAAAUUGGAAUAUCCGGCCUAAUUCCAGGGCUGAUGGGGGUGAAGGAAGCAGAUGGAAUUAUGCCUUGUUGGUGCCAAUGCUGGGAUUGGCUGCUUUUCGUUGGAUUUGGUCUAGGGAGUCCCAGAAAGAAAUAGAGAAGGAGAGAGAAGCAUACCACCGUAGGACAGCUGCUUUCCAGCAGGACCUCGAGGCCAAGUACCAUGUCAUGAUCUCUGAAAAUCGGCGUACAGUUGCUCAGUUGUCUUUGGAACUUGAAAAGGAACAAAACAGGACAGCCAGCUACCGGGAAGCCCUCAUCUCUCAGGGGCGCAAGUUGGUAGAAGAAAAGAAGCUUCUGGAACAGGAACGGGCUCGGGUCAUGCGAGAAAAGAGACAGCUGCAGCCCUUGGGAAGUGCCUACCUGAGUUACCUGGAGAAGGAAGACGACUGGCAGAGAAGAGCCAGGCUUCUGCUGAAAGAGUUUGAAGAUGCUCUUAUGGAACAACAGAGCAUCUACUGCACCCUGAUUAUCCCUCAAAGCAAGUGGCUGGGGAUAGAGAAGAGCUUGCUGGUCCGUGAGGCCUCUGACCCGGUUGCUGCUGACCUGGAAAUGACGACUGGCCUGGCUGACAUAUUUCAGCAUGAUACGCACUGUGGUGAUGUCUGGAAUACCAACAGAUGCCAGAAUGGGAGACUCACGUGGCUGUACCUCAAAUAUUGGGAGCUGAUGGUCCAACUGAAGAUGUUUGAGAGAGUAGAGAGGGCCCUACUGGAGAAGUGAGGUGAGAGCUAUAUA